ACCCUGCCCUGGAGCCCGAGGAGGAAACGUGUGUGGUGUGUGUUUUCCAGGGGCCGAAAGGCCACAGUCCCUGGACUGGUGUCUCACAGUUCCUGCAGACAUCUCAGAAGAUCAUUCAGUUUGCGUCAGGGAAGGAGCCACAGCCAGGAGACACCAUCAUCUACGUGGCUGGAGCCUUUGACCUGUUCCAUAUCGGGCACGUGGAUUUCCUGGAGAAGGUUCACCAGCUGGCAGAGAAACCCUACAUCAUCGCUGGGCUGCACUUUGACCAGGAAGUGAACCGCUACAAAGGGAAGAACUACCCCAUCAUGAACAUCCACGAGAGAACACUCAGCGUCCUGGCCUGCAGGUAUGUCUCAGAAGUGGUGAUUGGAGCUCCCUACGCUGUCACUGCUGAUCUGCUGGAUCACUUCAGGGUCACACUGGUGUGCCACGGGAUGACAGAGGUGGUUCCAGACAAGGAUGGCUCUGACCCCUACGAGGAGCCCAGGAGACGUGGCAUCUUCCAGCUGGUGGACAGUGGCAGCAACCUCACCACGGAUUUAAUUGUGCAAAGAAUCAUCAAGAACAGGCUGGAGUUUGAAGCCAGGAACCAGAAGAAGGAAGCAAAAGAGCUGGCAGUGUUGGAGGCCAUGAAGAGACUGGAGGAGAAGCACUAGGCCAGUGAGAGCUGAUGUGUGGGUCGCAGAGCGCCGUAGCCUCACCCUCUUGGGGAGCCAACAGCUCUUUGAGAGGGGACCCCUGAGCAGGGACGUGGCUGCUGGCAAGCAGGAUGUGCUGUCCUACCCUCUUCUGCCCUAGCUCCUCCUGCACUAAUUAUGCAGACAUAAAGAGUCGGGAUCCUGCUGCCUAGUUUUUCCUCCAUUAAAUCAGCCCCCGUCCCCUUCCCUAUGAGGAGAUUUGACAA